AUGGCGGAGUUUACGUUUUUACCUAUAUCGAAUGAACUACUUACCGAUACUCAAUAUGGUGAUGAAGAAUUCGUUGAAGUACACUUGGAUGAACGUUUUUACAUCGGGGACAAAAUGCAAGUACAUAAAGUAUGGAAAACGAACAACAAUCAAAUGAUAGUUCAAAAAGAUUACAAACUAUUUUAUGAUCCUGACCAAUGCAUUAAUUUUGUCACGUCGUAUGAAUGGCGUAAAAUAUUUCUUUCACUGACGGAUAAAUUCAGCUAUAUGUUACCUUUAAUUCAUGAUCUACCGCAAAUAGUUUAUAUUUACAUUUAUUCGUCAGCAUCGGAGAAAGUGCCCUACUCUAGUAGUCGUUAUCCGAAGUUGCGAGCCAUUGUAAAUGAAAGUUCAGCAGAUGCAGAUGGUCAACUAUUAAAAGAUAUCCAAACAUUUCGACAAGAUUUGAUGCCGAUAAAUGUUAUUAAUCCUGUUCCUUGA